AUGACCGUACCACAGUCGAUUCGAGGGUUUCCCGACGAGCCGUUAUACUCGCACCUCUUGCGUCUUUCCAAGGAGAUUGAACAUGAAAUUAUUGAUGACCCCAGAAACUGUGCUAAAGUCACUUAUGAAGAACUGCUUUCGGACAUACUAGUGUUCCAAGACGUGCUUCGACGAGCACUGCCCAAUGAACUCAUUGGAGAAGACGGGCUCAAAGGGGGCAAUGCGUACAUCGCCAUUCUGUGUCCGAUGAGCUAUGAUUUUAUUGUUGCCUUGUAUGCAGUUCACAGCCUGGGAUUUGGCGUGGUUCCGUUCUGUGAGUCCUAUACACUACCGUAUACGAAGCAAUGGCUCAUUGUCAUCAUUUUAGCAACCAAGCUUAUUCCUGAAGAGAUAACUGAGCUGCUGGGUUUUUGUGGUGCUAAAUGCAUCGUGACUGGCUUAGACCAGAGCGCUCGAUUUUCAGAUCUCGGUGGAAGAGCUGAGGUCCUCCUUGGAAAUGACAUUGUAAAUGUUCCUAUCUCAGUGAGGCCGGCAAUGCGCCGACAUGUUCAGGCUCUAGGUGGACCCUUCAUUGAGAAGGGUACUUCAUUUCCUUCCACGCACCCUGGCUUGAUGAUAUUUACCUCGGGCACAACUGGGCCCCCGAAAGGAGUGGUUCACAGUCGGGCAUUUUUCGAUCCCAGGUUGAUCAGCGGGACUAAGCCUGGUGGUCGCGUACUCUACCAAAGGCCGCCACACAGCAUCACCGGGGUGAUGAACCUCAUGGACUUGAUAUCAACCGGCAUAUGUGUGGAGAUCUUCCCCACGGGCUAUGUUGCAGCUUCUGUCUGGGAGAGGCUCGCCGCUGGCGGUAUCACUGUCCUCUUUGGACCUCCGGUCAUGUGGACCCACCUGAUGGACUACUACGUGGAAAAGCUAUGCCAUUUGCCAUCAUCAGAACUGAGCCCGUACUUGGCUGGGGUUCGAAACCUUCAGGUGGUCUGGAUUGCUGCUGGCUUGGCGACAACCCGGGUCAAAAAGUUUUGGCUGGGAAUGCUCAGCGCAGAAUUUCAGAUCAAAUAUAGCAUGACAGAAUUCGGGAGGGAGGCCUUAUCCUACAAGAUGACGAUGACGUCUGAUCCAACCCUGGCAAUCCUAGGCAAGCCCGCACCUCGUAUGGACGUGAAAUUGUCCAAAGCUGGUCAUGGCGAAAUACUUCUCAAAGCUCCGGACAUGUUUCAAGGUUACUUUAACGAUCAAGCUAAAACUCACGAUUCCUUGACCGACCACGGUUACUUCAAGACAGGAGACCUCGCUCAUGUGGACCACAACGGACUCUAUAUUUUUGAUGGACGGGCAUCGGCUGACUUUGCCCGAUUCAGUACAUACAUUGUCCCCUUGCUAGAAGUAGAGGCUGCAUUGACCUCUCUUCCCUACAUUGCGGAAGGAUAUAUCCUUCCAGUACCUGAUGAAACGCACGGGCAGCUUGUCGGGGCAUUGGCUCGGCUGAGACCCGGACCACAUCUUGACGGGUCACAGCUCACUCUGAAAAGACUAAGGGCAGACUUAUCACCCAGCAUACCGUUGUAUAAGCAACCUACCCUACUGCGUGUAAUUGUGGAUGAAGAGAUCCCAGUGAGUGGCCAAGGCAAGCUUGCGCGCAACAAGGCCAUCGACAUGUACUUGGGCCCUAGUGCAGAUCCAACUCAUUUGCAAAAAUGGGACCUCGGACUCGAAAUGCGUUUGCCCGGGAAGAAAGCCUGGGACUGGGGUGGUAUAACUUUAUGA